ACACCAUCGCAAUGCCCCCGCGGAUACCUGCCCGCCUUUGCUGGGCCUCGUCUCCGCCGGCGCCCGCGGCCAUUGGGCCCGCCGGCAGCCGGAGUGUGCGCGCGUUCUCGUCGACGCCCGCCGCGCUGGCCCUGGGGCCGCAGUCACCAAACUAUAUCGAGGUCCCCAGGCCGCUGCAGCCCACGUACCCAGCCAAGCCGACGGUCAAGGGACACCUGCCAGUCCCACGUGACAUCUUCAGGACGAGGAACAAGCACCCCAAGGAGUCGGACGUCUUCAUCGCCAGGGCCGCCCGGGAGCCCAAGCAGGUCAAAGUGCCGGGCCCCUACAGCAGAGAUGCCGACUACCGGCUGUACAAGCAGAGGCUGGCGGAGAAGCGGAGAGAGGCCCUGAAGGAGGGCGUCAAGCAGCUGCACGAGCGCAAGGUCACGUCCGAGGCGCAGUACAUGGCCAGGAUCCAGGCCAGUGGCGCGCACCGGCGGGCAUUGGCCAUGGCGCCUCGCCGCGAUGUCGAUAUCCUGACCGAGACGUCGGUUGCCGAGGGCAUCCGCGACUUUCUCGCAGACAGCCUGCCCCCGCGGCCAGACAUGUCCAAGGCCCGCAGCAAGGCAUACCAGCGCCGCAUGGCCAAAGUGCAGGAAACGCGCGCAUCCCGCCUGCACGACCUGUAUACCAACGCACGAGAGUUCAUUGUGGACGAGAAGCAGCUGGAAGAAGCCAUUGACAAGGCAUUCGGCACCGACGAGUCGCCCGUGGGCUGGGACCCCAAGGGCAAAAUGGGCCCGAGACACGAGGGCAACGAGGGCCUCAGCCCAUGGCACGGCCCCCUGCCCGAAGGUGUGGGCGACAUGCUUCAAAAGCUCAAGGGCGGCGAGGGUGUUGGUCUCGCCAAGGAGCGCGUCAAGAAGCUUGCCGAGGAGCUCACCGGGGGCAAGAUGUAAGAAGUGUGAAGAGUUAUGUAUUCUACGGUCAAUGUAUACCAUGGCAGCAACGAGUCCAGCUGUCUUUCCAUCCAACCAUGGCAUCAGCAAGUUCGAUACUUUGAAACCAACUGACCACGCCACCAAGGCCGGACGCAGCUACUCAGGCAUCUCCUAUCUACAGCCACGGGCCAUGUUUGUUAUCUCGCGACUGGAGUGAGGCCAGCGGUGUGAACGUCCAGUGCACGUGGAGUAGCUUUCACCUCCAUCUCACCGAUUCGGACUAGUCCUACUCCAUGGUCCACGUUGUAGCGCCCUCCCUGGUACUUUAUUCUCCCUCACUUUCCUCAGUAGCAAAGUCUUCUUUCGCCCGUCAACUCAACCCAACUCCAUUAUUCACAACUAUUCCCUACACAACAGCUACCACCAAUACCUC